AUGUGUGUCUUGUGUUUUCCAAAAGCUCUUGCCCACAUAUUUAAAACCUAUUUCAUGGCUAGUUACUACUUUGAGUUUGGCAACUGGCCCGUGGAAUUCCGAUGGGAUGAGGCCAGUGGCAACAGCAGCCCGCCUAGCCACAGUGGCGGCAGCAGAGGGUGUGGUGGUGGCCGCCAGAUCCUUGUCAAAGCAGCACCGGGAGCAUGCCCACAGGCGUCGCCAUUAGCAGCAGGGCCUUGUGGAGACAGAGACUCAAGGUGGAGCUUCCUCAGCAAGUUCAAACAAAUGCCCAGCCAGCUGGCUAGCUACAUCAUGGCCCAUUCGCUAGGCCGCUGGCUGCUGUACCCUGGCUCUGUGUUCCUCCUCAACCAAGCCCUGUUGCCCAUCCUGGCCAAGGGUCAGGCUCGCCUCUUGGGGGAGUACAACGGGAAACGUGCCAAGCUGGUGGCGCGGGAUGGGAACAAGAUUGAUACCAUGUUUGUGGACAGGAGAAGUAAGCCAAGAGGGCAAGCGGGACAGCGAGGGAACCGGUUGGUGGUUUGCUGCGAGGGGAACGUCAGCUUCUACCAGUGGGGCUGCCUUUUCACGCCCUUGAGGACUGGGUAUUCAGUGCUGGGUUGGAACCACCCUGGUUUUGCUGGCAGCACAGGCCAGCCCUACCCGGAGAACGACGCCAAUGCGGUAGACGUUGUGAUCCGAUAUGCAAUGAGCCGCUUGGGCUUCAGGAUACAAGACAUCAUUGUGUACGGGUGGUCGCUGGGAGGCUACUCAGCCACCUGGGCUGCCAUGUCCUACCCCUCGCUGGGCGCCUUGGUCCUGGAUGCCACUUUUGACGACCUGCUCCCCUUGGCCCUGAACGUUAUGCCCAAGAGCUGGAAGAAGCUGGUGGUGCGGACAGUGAAGGAGCACUUCAACCUCAACGUGGGGGAACAGUUGUGCAAAUACCUAGGGCCUGUCUUGCUCAUCCGGAGGACCAAGGACGAGGUCAUCACCACCUGCCCGUUUGGUCUCGAGGACCAGAUAGCCAAUCUCAGGUGCAACAGGGCCAACGAGCUCCUGGUGCAGCUGCUGGAGCACCGUUACCCUGACAUCAUGUCCCGAGAAGGGCUGGAAGCUGUCCAUGACUGGCUGAGGGCCGCCAGCCCCAAACAGGAGGCGGCCAUCUACAAGCGCUACAAAAUAAACGACGAGUGGUGCGUCAAGGAGCUACAGAAGUACAAAUCCAGCCUUGGGCGCGGAAGCCACUUCCCUUGGAGGAUCGGGAAGCACGUGGCCCGCAGGGAGAAGCAGCAGAUAGCUGUCUUUUUAGCCAAGAAGCACAUGAAGAAUGUGGAGGCUACACACUGGUCGCUCCUCAAGCCCGAUGACUUCCAGAUGCCCUGGAAGUUAUAG